AUGCAGUUCACCAGCGUCUUCUCCUUCGCCACCUCCCUGGCCCUCGCCAGCGCUGGGAUCGUCCAGAACCGUCAGUUCGACGGCGCCGUGGCCGUGGUCCACGUCUUCGACUACAACACCACAAACUGCGCCGGAGACGAGUCAACUGUCGACAUUGGCAUUGGGCCCAAGGCUUUGGAUCUAUGCAUCCCCUUUUCUGAGGGGUACUGGACUGUCUCCUACUCGUACCUUGAGUCCCCAGAGUAUUCCAGAAUGAAUGGCCGACUAACAACACCUUUUCCUCACCCCCAAGUUGCUUUCUAUACCACCGACGAUUGUACCUACUCGCCGGAAAAGGGCGACGACUUCGCACAGUCGAACAGCCCCGGCCCCUGCGAUACUAGCCUUAACGGCAGGCCAUGGCAGUCUUACAGGGUCUCCUCGCCCAAGAACUAG